GGGGAAGUACGGGAUGGGGUUGGUGUACUAUUUUUUCUACUAUUAUUGGAGACAUAACGGGAACAAGGAUGGUGGAGUUAGUUUUGUGCUGUGGUGUUUGUCGGGGACGAUAUACUCUAUCUAUGCGUGUACUUGGGACUUUCUGAUGGACUGGUCGUUUCUGAAACCUCACGCGCGAUACCCUCUGCUGAGGAACGAGUUGAUAUAUACUAAUGAGCUGCCUUUGUACUACGUUGCUCUGCUCACGAACGUCGUCAUCCGGUUCAUCUGGGUGAUCUACAUACCCUCGGGUGGGAUCAAUCUCACGGCGCGGACGUUCAUUGCGGCGAUGUUGGAGAUGCUGAGGAGGUGGCAGUGGAAUUUUUUCCGUCUCGAAAACGAGCAUCUGGGUAACAUGGAUCAAUACCGCGUCACGCGCGAGGUGCCGUUGCCGUAUACCUUUGACGGGAGUGGGCAGACGAAUGAUGAUGAGGACGAGGAU